AUGGGCUACGCAUCGGCAACAGUCCCGUCUGCAAGUCAGUGGGGAUCCCCUAUUGCAAGUAAGAGAGCACUCCUUAUACAUGGGUUAAAUUCGUCUUCGCACACGUUCCACCGUGUUGCAUCGAUGCUUGCAGUCAAAGGAUACUUGGUCGUUGCUCCUAACCUUCUUGGACAUGCUCUCAGGAUGUCUGGAGUCGACUUUCGAGCCCAGACAUUGGCUGACGACCUCUUGCCCUACCUUCAGGCUGCUGAGUAUGACAUAGUCAUUGGCCACUCAAUGGGUGGGGCUGUGGUAUUAUCACUUCUCAAGUACCUGCCCAAGACCAGGCCUACUUCAGUAGUUCUCGUCGAUUCAUCCGUGGAGUUGACUGCAGACCAGAUGGCGGUUCGGAGGGCCAAGGUUUCUAACGAUGUCCGAGUCAAACCUAACCCCACAAUAGAAGAUUAUAUGGCAUCGAAUCCUCUAUGGACGAGAGAGGAUGCCAUUUGGAGAUCGUUGGGGACCCAGAUCGCCAGAGCAACCAACUACGAUGAUCAUAUGGAUGGCAACGUACCAUGGUCAUUCUCGCAUUUGUUCGCAGACAGGCCUCCUGCUGCCGCAUUGACGGUUUUGAUCGCAGAUCCGCGAUGUAAUGGUGCUUUGAAGCUGGAGACUGUUGCGAAAUUCAAGGACGUCAGAGCAGUGAUUGUUCCAAAUACCUCGCACUGGGUACAGUUUGAAUUCCCGGAAGUGAUUGUUGAAGAGGCGCUGAGAAACGUCGAAGGAUAAGACAAUGAACUUGAAAGACUUUUACGUUGCAAAUGUCAUG